GAUAAUGCGGUUGAUGAUGAGGCCAAUCAUCAUGCGCAGCCUGUGCGUAAUGAAAAUUACGUUGAAGUUACAGUACCCCAGUACACAGUUAGUGAGUUCAAGAAUCACUUUCGAAUGUCCCGGAUGGCAGUGGAGCAGCUAAUAGGUCUUGUUAGUAAUCAUUUACCCGAUAAACAUUCGGUUCCGAUUGAAAAGCAAGUUCUUUUUUCCAUUUGGCUUCUGGCAAAGCAAGAAAGCUUCUUGGCUGUCGGGGACAGAUUUAAUCUGUCGAGUGGAUCAGGCCACUAUAUUUUUAUGAAUUUUAUUUCUGCGGUGGGUCAUUUAACGCACCAAUUUAUUGAGUGGCCAAAUGCGAGAACAUGUAACGAAAUAGCAUCAAGAAUAGAAACAAAAUAUGGCAUACCAGGUGUCGUGGGUGCUAUAGAUGGAACCCACAUACAAAUAAAACAACCAACACAUAACCCCGUAGAUUUCUUUAAUAGAAAAGAUGUACACUCGGUGGUUUUACAAGGAAUUUGCAACGAUAAAUUAAUAUUUACAGAUGUAUAUAUUGGUAUGCCAGGCCGACUGCAUGAUGCGCGAAUUUUUAGAAAUAGCCCAAUCUAUAAUAGACUUGUAAACAAUCCUGCUUUAUUAACACCACAGCAACACUUACUCGGAGAUGCAGCUUAUCCGCUGCUUGAUAAUCUCUUAAAACCAUACAGGGAUAAUGGCCACCUUACAGAAGUACAAAUUCGGUUUAACGAAGUGAUGAGUAGCAUACGGUCGAUGAUCGAAAGGUGCUUUGGUCUAUUGAAAGGAAAAUGGAGAAGACUAAAAUAUCUUGAUAUGUCUCUAGCAGAUAAACUACCUCAAGUUAUAUUGGCAGCUUGUAUUCUGCAUAACUUUAUUCUGAUCAUCGAUAAUGAUGCAGAUAACCAGAAUGACAAUGGUCACAAUGGUGAUGACAUAGGUAUACAGCAUGCAGAAUUUUAUGAGGAAGAUGUUGGAAGAAAUGCAGAAAUAAAAAGAGAUUAUAUAGCUUCACUAUUGUAAUAGGUAUAUGUACUUAUAAUAAAACACAUUAUUCG